UACUAAGAUGGUUCGGACAUCAGACCCUAAAUGAGGGAAGAACAACAGAUGAUUCAAGCUCUCAUCCUAAGGUAAUGGAUUCACAUACAUUGUCACUAGAUUAACACUGGAGGCGUAUUCCACAAAUUUCUGAUGUGUGUCACACACAAUAUAAAUCUCUCGUGAGAAAAAUAGUUGAAGCAAAAUAUUUGCUACUUACUCACAUCCUAAUGUUUAAGAUGCAAUUAAGAAGAAGUCAGUAGUUGCUGUAAGCAUAGGUUUGGUAGUUCUUCCAAUGUACACGGACGCAUCAGUCGCAGUCGCUCUGACUAAUGGUCGGCACAGGACGGCGGCUUUGACCGACAUGAUGCGUCAACGCACAGGUACUGUCAUUUCGUUCCUCUUCAUCCGUCAACACUGUGACCAUGGCAGUGGUGAUGGUGGAAGGGAUGAUGGCAGCUUGGUAGAAUGAAAUAGGAAUUUUGGAUGCUUGUUGGUGUUAUGGUCAGUGAUUGUUAGAUCAGUAUGCUGAGUCUUGUGUUUCGACACAAAUAGCUGAUAAUAAGCCAAUGCAAGUGAACAGAAGAGAAUGCUUUAGAAGAACAGGACAAGUGAGUGACUCCACAUUUUCUUUUUCUGGGGAUAAGGUUUGCCAUGGGAAAGAUGUUUAAGAAAGGUAAAGGUUGCCAGCCCACACCAGCGAAUUGCAGAGACAGAAAGCAGGGUAAGAAUCUUGAUCAGGCCAUUGAACAUUAUUAGAGAGAGGACUACAGACAGAAUCUUGUGUGUGUUGUUCAUUGGAGAGAGAGAGAGUGAAGAAAACAGUGGAGGGACCAAUCCAGACCACAGCAUCCUUGUCAUUGACUCUUUGGGAAGGGUGAGCUCCGGUUGUAUUUUUCCUGCCACAGUAGGCCAAUCAGAGGUGGCUAACUAAUGUUGUGCCUGGUUAGGAUGAGAUGCUCUCCCAACAUCACGCAGCCAUUCAAGGGGGAGAGAGAGAUAGAAAGAGAAUAUAGAAGGUAGUAUAGGCUGUAAAGAGAGGGAGUGAGGAGCAGAGUCAGGGAGCGAAAGAGGAAGGGUGGAUUUAAUACAGAUAGUCAUGAGAAUUUAUGGCUAGCUUUAGGAGGCAGUGACUAAAAGGCUUUUCCUCAGAAGAGGCGAAGAGCCCCCCUCCCUGGAAGAAACCUGGUCCCUGCUGCAUAGCUGCGGAGACAUGGAGUUGGGUAGCUUGCAAAGAAGAUACAUUGACUUCACAUCAGCUCUCUUCCGUGAGGGGUUUCUGGACAACCAGUACACACAGUUGCAGCAGCUGCAGGAUGAGAGCAACCCCGAGUUUGUUCUUGAGGUCGUGACUCUUUUCUUUGAAGACUCUGAGAAGCUCCUCGAUGAACUAAGCAGGACCCUAGAUCAGCAGGUUGUGGACUACAAGAAAGUGGAUGCCCAUGUCCACCAGUUGAAAGGCAGCAGUGCCAGCAUAGGUGCUCAAAGAGUUAAAAAUGUGUGCAUGGCCUUUCGCAACUGCUGUGAGGAGAGGAACCAAGAAGGUUGCCUCAGAUGUCUGCAGCAAGUGAGGCAGGAGUAUUUCCUGGUGAAGAGCAAGCUGGAAACUCUGUUCAGGCUGGAGAAGCAGAUUCUGGCUGCUGGUGGAUCAGUCCCAGUGUUGUGGUAGUAGCAACAGUAGUACAUGCCAAAGCAGUUGUCCAGAGGUGGCAGGAAGAGUUGGUCAUGAUGUUAGCUUUGUGUUUGGUUUUUGCUUUUGCAGCUUCCUGUGGCCCACUCAUGUGGAAACAUCUCUUUUUGAGUGGAUUCAAGGGAUGCCAUGAUUCCCCACCCCACCUUGAUGCUGUAAAAAAGUGACUUAGCAGCCAAAACUUUUUGGUGUUCCAUUUCUGUGAUGAUGUGGUAGAAUAGAGUAGCAAUGAUGAUAUCCACUGUUUGACAGACAUUUAGGUCCACAGUUUGCAUGCACAGUUGGUUUGGCUAACCAUUGCAGAAACACAAGGCAUAGCUGAAGUCUGAAGAAUUGAAGUGUGAUCAGUACAUAGACUAGCAAAAUAUGAUGAACCCUAAAUUUGAGGUUCCUGCAGAGACAUGGAAGUCAGAACCAUUUUACAAAGGGAAA